AUGGCACCUCCGCGAAAGAAAGCCCGGACCCGUGGUGGUCCUAAGGAUGACCCUGCCGACGAGCAGUCCGCUGGCAUCCUCACCGACUUUCGCACCUCUUGGCUUCUUAAGAAUGAUGAGCAGCUAGUCGAGCUCAAGGUGAAAGGCGAAACCUUUCAAGUCGCCAAGAAUGUCCUGACCAAGAACUCGGAGUACUUCGAAAGCUGUCUCAACGGUCGCUUUGCCGAGGCCAAGAAGGGAGGCGUUGAAUUCAACGACGAGGAUAUUGAACCGCGAUACCUCGCUCUCUACAUUGGGCUCGCCUACAGUCACUCUUCUAUUGUCCCACAUGCGCAUCCCCGUCCUGCCCAGAGUCCCGAAGCAACGCCUAUCAAGACUCCCAUGCGAGACUACGUCGAAGUCUACAAGCUUUGCGACCGCUUCAUCAGCCCCAGCAUGGGCGAAUUCAUUGCCCGCUGCAUCGACGUCGCCAUCGGUAACGGACACCGCGCCCUCUACCGUACCGAUACCGACCAAGGAACGCAGAAACUAUUCAUGCGCGACUUUGCCGACGGCUACGAGGCGCUUAACAUGCAGCACAGCUCCCAGGCUGAGCUCGGCGGCCGGAUGAUCACUUACUUCUGCGAGGGGGUCAGCUACAAAGCUUGGAUUGAGACCAUGGAGGAGCUUCGGGAUCGUCCCAAUUUCAUUGGCCACGUUUCUCGCGGCUUCGCGACCAAGCUUCAAGAGCUUCAGGCUGGCCGUAAGCUAAGACGCAAGGAGUGGGCUGGACCUGGCGUUGCCUAG